UUUUCUUUUUUUGUACAUGUCACUAUAAUUAUGCCAAAAUAUAAUAACUGGUUAUACAUAGUUAUAAUAGUUUAUAUAGCUCUAAGUACAGUAAAUGCUUCUUUAGGUGAUGAGCAGCCCAUUUACACUAAAUGUGUUGAUGAAUGUGUUCAAUUGUCAUGCCCUACAUCUUUAGAUUAUUUUUUAAGCUUAUUAAAAUGGACUUGUCCAGAGAAUUGUAAAUACAGUUGUAUGCAAGAAAUAACGGAUGAAGCGAUUCAAAAAGGCACAGCUGUUUAUCAAUAUUACGGUAAAUGGCCAUUUUAUCGAUUCUUGGGUAUACAAGAGCCCGCUUCAGUCAUCUUUUCGAUUGGAAAUGGAGUUGUUCAUGCUUAUUAUUUACGACUAUUUAUAAAAUAUGUUCUAAACGGAUACUUUCUAAAGGGAUUCAUGAUACUGUAUACUAUCAUUGGUAUGAAUGCAUGGUUUUGGAGUACCAUCUUUCAUUCUCGAGACACAAAAUUUACAGAACUUAUGGACUAUUUCUCAGCUGCUUUGUUAGUACUUUAUACAUUAUUUUAUGCAAUCCUGAGAGUGUUUGAUAUUCGAAAUGGAUUCAUGAUCAAGACGAUGGGAGUCGUGUUUAUUUGUGCAUUUGUAGCCCAUGUUGGUUACUUGGUUAUUGUAAUAUUUGACUAUACCUAUAAUAUGUAUGCUAAUUUGAUUAUUGGGGGGCUUCAAAUAUCUCUUUGGAUUUAUUGGUUUAUAAUACAAAUCACAAGGUCCAAAAAUCAUUCAAGAUUAUCUUAUGCGUACCUUGCUGUUGUCUCCUGUGUUGGUGUUGCAGUUUCUCUGUGCCUCGAAUUAAUUGAUUUCCCGCCUUUAUGGCGAGUAUUUGACGCUCAUAGUCUAUGGCAUUUUACAACUAUUCCACUUACAAUCAUCUGGUAUCGUUUCUUAAUGGCUGAUAUGUGGUAUGAAAUGAAUACUAAAUCCUUUUCUUACACUGCUGUUCCUCUUUUACCAGAAUAAUAAGUAAGUCAUUAGUGUAAUCAUACAUGUUUGUAUAUAACAAAGAAAGUCAUCUGCCGUUCAUAUCCUAGAUUUUUUUAAAAAAAAAUAGAAAUAUAGAGAAAAAAAAAGUAUUUUUUUUGUAUAUAAUAGAUAAAUAAUAUGUAUAGA